AGCUCCCUCGUGACGGAGCUAGACAGGUGGUGUAAAUCUGUUCAAACAAAAGGGAAAGGAUUAGAACCCCAACCCAGAGCUGUAGGUAAGCCAAGUACUUGCGAAGUCAAAAUUUUUGGCAUUACAGCAAAAGCGCUUGUGGAUACAGGCUCGGUGAUUUCGAUUGUCCCGGUAGGUCUGCUCAAGCAAGUGCGAGAGCAAGGCGCAGAUCUUGAUGCCAAUGCUUGCAUCGUAGGUGAUGGCAAGCAGCGAAAACUUUUUGACGCAUCAGGGAAUGCCAUGAGUUUCCUUUCGGAAAUAAUUGCUGAAGUGAUGGUAAAAGGAGCUGGUACAGCUUCUAUUCAUAUGCACGUGCAACAAAGUAAGGAUAAUACUUUACUAAUAGGUACGAAUGCCUUACAAGAAUUGGGAAUAUCCAUAAAGUUAUCACCGAAUGCCCAUGAUAGGAUGGGGGUGGCAGAAGUAUCCGAUGCGGCCUAUGCGGAUAACAGGGUAGUCGUACUGCCAGGCAAGGUUGCUACUGUGCAAAUCUGCAGCGAAUUCCCAAAUGGACCAUGCGUGUUCUGGUCGAAAAAUCCUCGUAUAGAAUCGGGUGUAUGCCAAGUUAGUCAUGGCAAGGCCAAGCUAUCAGUCAUAAAUCAAGGCUCUGAACCCUGGGUGAUAGGUAGAGGCGAAGAUCUUGGUAGUUGGUCAGCGGAAACUUGGGUUGACCCAAGGACAGCAGACAUCCCAAGUGACAUGAUGGUCCUCCAUCAGCCUGCUUUACUGAAAGAUUCUGAAAGAAUCCAUGCCCUGGUAGACACACUGAAUAGAAAUCGGAGGGCUGGAAGCAUGCCUGAUGAACUUCGUGCAGUAAUUGAAGAAUACAGCGACGUAUUCGCUAUUUCGGAUGCGGAGCUAACACAAACGGAUUUGGUGAGCCAUGAUAUAGAAGUGGGAGAUCACUCGCCAGUUCGACAGAAAACAAGACCAGUGCCAUACGGUCUACGAACUAAGGUGGAUGUGAUGCUACGGGAUCUCAAGGAAAGGAGAGUGAUUGAGGAUAGUCAAUCCCCAUGGGCAUCCCCUAUCGUGUUAGUGGCAAAGAAAGAUGGAACCAUACGGUUAUGUGUGGAUUAUCGGGAGGUUAAUAAAGCGACGAAAAAGGAUAGCGACAACGUAGUCGUAGGGGCCACAGCACGUGCAAAGCGUGGUAGAAGGAAAAGGUCUCUAGAAACCGGUGUAUUGUCAAUUAAACAUUUUGAUUGCAGCAUCGCGUUAUCUGCAAGAGACGACGUUCGACAAGUCGACUGGAGCUGUCCUGGUGGCCUGGACGUUAAUGGGCAAAAAGUCAGCUGUGCAGUCAACGUGAAUUUCGGAAGUAUCCUUCCUGGAGUUGUAGUACCUUCAUGCUUGUUUGAUUCACCGUACCAACUUGCUCGUUUGUUUUCUGUAGUUACGCAGACUCAUAUACCGGACAAUUUCCGCGUGGCUCGGUUAAUAGAUUCGUCAUAUGAUAUAAUCACGCCAUCCUCGUUAGGCUUAGCGAUGUCUUUCUAUCGUAGCCGUUGCAUACAUUCUACCUUAGCGAGUGUGGAGGACGCCACGAAAACAGUGCCUGGAUUUUAUCCUCGUAGUCGUACGGAUCCGUAUAACUUGCCGAGAAUCUACUCCGAAGCGUUACGGUUCGCCAACUCGCACCCUUGGAACGGUAGCAGCGGGGAUUUUCUUAAACAACGUCGCUCACUAAUUCUCUUACCGGAAGGGUUCGAAGAAGUUUUGAGUUGUUUCGAGACAGCCACUAUGUUUGCGAAAUCAGUCAGGACGCUGGACGACGUCGACCCGAGUUGGUUCGAAGAAGAGCUGUCAGUCGUCGUACUCUUUUCAACAGUUCACUACGAGGAACCCCUGCGUUGGAAGAACGCGUGGUACUUACUGAUGCAAGCCGUUGCGAAAGGGGCGGAAUUAGUAGCCCUGCCAGGUCCACAGGACGAUGCGGACUGGGGCAAAAGUGUAGACCUUCUACGAGAUUUCAUGGAAGAAACAGUCAUACAAAGGCCAAGUCUCCAGCAGCGAAUCAGGUGCCUGCUCCCGGGCAGAUCGGAAAACAACAUAAGGAAUGCACCAUUCAAAAUACUUGGCAGACAAAAUAAGUCUCAC